GUGUUAAUAAAUACUAUUUAUUACUAGCAUUUACUUCUUUAUAUCGUUUCCAAAUUUUUUAGAGCUCAUUUCAGUUCUGACUUCUGAGUUCACAAACACAAAAAAAGUUUACUUUUUUUGAGGACCCUUUGGAGAGUCACUCCAGAAAAUUUUCGAUCGGUAGUGUAUUGUUAUUCAUUCUAAAGGACUUUGUUCUUCUGGGGCAGAGAGUUUAAUCCUCUUCAUUGGUUUCCACGAUUGAUUGUUUUAAAAUGAGGGGUUCUGUUUUACUUUUGAAGCUCUGAGAAGUGAGAAUACUAAGUUUACGUGUGCUUGGAAAAGCGAUUGCUUGCUGGGUUUCAGCUUGUGCUUGUACUUUUGUGAUUGUAGAGUUGGAGGAUUUUGACUGAUAUGGGAACUCCCUUUCGCAGUGGAAUUCUGAGAAAACCGAAUGAGACAAUGAGGCUUAUUGUAACAACUUUUGUUGGAGUUGUAUUUGGCUUCUUUUUGGGAGUGUCAUUUCCAACACUCACAUUAACCAAGAUGAAUCUUCCAACCAGUCUUUUUCCUUCAAUCGAUCUCACGUAUAUUGAGGACAAGUACGCAGGCCUUUCAAGCCAAGCAUUGUUGAAUGCUUUGUCUUCUCUGAAGGGUAAUAGAGACGCAUCCACUUAUUUUUACAGAUAUAAUGAUACAGAGAUUUGGGUUCCGACAAAUCCUAGAGGGGCUGAAAGACUACCCCCUAAUAUCAUUGCAGCCGAGUCAGAUUUUUUUCUCCGUCGGUUAUGGGGUCAACCUAGUGAGGAUUUAACCAUCAAGCCAAAGUAUCUUGUGACCUUCACUGUUGGUUAUGAUCAGAUGAAAAAUAUUGAUGCAGCAGUUAAAAAGUUCUCAGAAAACUUCACCAUUGUCUUGUUUCACUAUGAUGAUCGGACAAGUGAAUGGGAUGAAUUUGAAUGGUCAAGGCGAGCUAUCCAUGUGAGUGCUCGGAAGCAAACUAAAUGGUGGUACGCCAAACGUUUUCUGCAUCCUGACAUUGUUGCUCCCUACGACUACAUCUUUAUUUGGGAUGAGGAUCUUGGUGUAGAGCAUUUUGAUGCAGAAGAAUAUAUAAAACUGGUGAGGAAGCAUGGUUUGGAGAUUUCACAGCCUGGUUUAGAACCGAAUAAUGGAUUAACGUGGCAGAUGACAAAGAGAAGAGGUGAUAGUGAAGUGCACAAGGUCACAGAGGAGAGACCUGGUUGGUGUAACAAUCCACAUGUGCCACCAUGUGCAGCGUUUGUUGAGAUCAUGGCCCCUGUAUUUUCUCGGGAUUCAUGGCGUUGUGUUUGGCAUAUGAUUCAGAAUGAUCUCGUUCACGGAUGGGGCCUUGAUUUUGCUCUUAGAAAAUGUGUAGAGCCUGCUCAUGAGAAGAUAGGAGUUGUAGAUUCUCAAUGGAUUGUUCAUCAAAGUGUUCCUUCACUUGGGAGCCAGGGACAAGCAGAGCUUGGGAGGGCACCUUGGGAAGGGGUAAGGGAGAGGUGUGGAAAAGAAUGGAUAAUGUUCCAAGAUCGAAUAGUUAAUGCAGAAAAAGCAUAUUUUGAGGCAAUGGGAAAUGAUCCCCCGAAUUCAACAGCUCAUUAGGGGAGACAAUUUUGGAAUCAGGAACCCCUGUAAAUUUACCCGUUCAUUGAACUCAACAGACAAAGAAAUUACUUACAUCCAGUGUAUUUUUAUCCAUUAUAUUGUUAUCUUUUUGGACACCAUCUAAACUUUACCCUUCUUUUA